ACUUUUAUUAUUAAACUCUUCAAAGCUAUCUGAGGUAGCUGAGCACUUUAGAUAUGGAGAGAUGCACAAGAUUUUUUUUUUUUCCAAUAGGGUGGGAGACAGUGAGUGAGUGAGCGAGUAGGAGAGAGGGCGCCAGUCAGGAACAAGCAUCAACUAAUUCUCAUCGAAGAUACGGAGCAGACCAAAGCCGCGUCAGACAAGAAGCAUCGCUGUUACUUCUUUUUACACUACUAAUAUAAUAUCCCCCGCUGUUUUUGUCCGAGUUUAGCCAAGACGUGAAGUCAGAAGAAGAAGGGAGCAGCGCAUUCACCCAGAGCAACGUCAAGGCGGAUGCCAUCAUGCCAUUUGGGUGCCUUGCCCUGCGCGAGGGGCGGUCAUACAACCAUAUAUCUGAUGUUACAGACAAAUAUGAGUUUGGACAAGUCCUCCGAGCGAAGGAGUUUUGUGAGCUGUGUCUUCUUAAGGAACGUCAGACAGACAAAGUGUUUGUCUGUAAAAAGUUCCUGAAGAAGGAUGGCAGGAAAGUCCGCAAGGCCGCCAAGAAUGAAAUUAUGAUUCUGAAAUUGGUGAACCAUCCCAAUAUUCUUCAACUGAUAGAUACAUAUGAGACCAGGAAAGAAUACUUUAUAAUUCAAGAACUAGCCACAGGAGGAGAUGUGUUCGAUUGGAUCUUGGACCAAGGGAAUUACACAGAGAGAGAUGCUUCCAAUGUCAUCAGACAAGUCUUGGAGGCUGUUGCAUACUUACAUUCCCUGAAUAUAGUUCACAGAAAUCUGAAGCUUGAAAAUCUGAUGUAUUACAAUGAGAACAACCACAACAAAGUUGUGUUGAGAGACUUCUACUUGUCACGAUUUGAAAAUGGGCCUAUAACAGAACCUUGUGGAACUCCCGAGUAUCUAGCUCCUGAAGUGGUGGCUCGGCAUCGCUAUGGACGACCAGUUGAUUGUUGGGCUGUGGGUGUUAUUAUGUUUAUACUUUUAUCAGGUAACCCUCCAUUUUAUGAUGAAACAGAAGAGGAAAAUACAGAUUUACAUAAUCGCAUUAUAUUCUGUCGGAUUGUUGCUGGUGACUUUGAGUUUGAUUCACCAUACUGGGAUGAUAUUUCACCUGCAGCUAAGGAGCUUGUUUGUCGGCUAAUGGAGGUGGAUCAGAUGCUGCGAAUUACAGCACAGGAUGCACUCUGGCACGAAUGGAUUGCUGGGAAUGGGGCAUCAGAGAAAAACCUUAAAGAUGGAGUGUGUGCCCAGUUUGAAAAGAACUUUGCCAAGGCUAAAUGGCGGAAAGCAAUUCGGGUAACAACAUUCAUGCAGCGACUGAAGAACACCGAGGCUAUGACUGACAGCUCAGCUGAGGUUCAGGGAGGGGAGGAGUCCCAAAGAACCAGUGAUGAGGGAGAUAAGGGCACAAGUGAUGGAGGAGUAACAUCCAGUAGUGUGUCUUUAGAGGUGACAGUAGAGAACAGUCCAGUGGGUUUGGAUCAUGAGGAGAUAGGAGAUAGGAUAACAACAAGUAUAGGCCCAACAGUAGGCAUUUCGCCUUCAGAAAUAAAGGAACCUCCAUGUCAGCAGAAUCAAUCAAAUGCAAAACCUGAAACUGCACAGGAGAAAAGGGCUGAUGAUGGAAAUAGAACAACAGUGCCAAAUAUCAGCCAAAAUUGUGUCAAGGAGUCAGAAAGAUUAGAUGUUGACAAAAAGCAAGUCUCCCACUCUCCUGACACAGCUAACAAACGUAAGAUGGCUGCUUCAUUCCCUGGCAUGACAUCCACUGACUCAAGUCCAGCUGCAGUCACAAUCACACCUGAGAAAAAGCCUGGUGAACAAAGGGAUGAAAACAGUGGAUACUGGUGUCAGACUCAGGUCCCAGAGGCAGUGGCUGAGAGGGCAGUGGCACCAGUCUCACCAGCUACAUCAGUGGCAGAGGUAAGAAUCAGAGGAGAAACUAGCCCAUUAGUUAGACGAGAUAGAGAGGCCAGAAAAGCAGACAGAUACAGCGCUGAAUACAGUGUACCACGGACAACUCCUGCCCCUGGACCAGGGUGUUAUUCAGUCGGCAGCACAGCCAGUUUGGGCCGUCAUGCAACACCUUACAAGCCUCAAAUGGUCACAUCUGGAAUGGAGAUGACAGGUUUUGGAAAUCCAUACAGCUCCCUGUAUGCGAGUGGUUCAGGCAUCGGGAUGUAUGGAACUGGGCUACCACACACAAGUGACUGGCAAAUGGACAGUGUUAUCGAGCAGAUUGAGAAGCAAAUGGCAGCUGUGUUGGAGAAAAUUGAGGGAGACAUGCCGUCAUUGCUGGAGCAAAUCAGUGACUGUCCACCUGAACCGGUCCGUGUGGUUCGGAGCGCACACGCUUCUCCUGCCACCUCCAGAGCUCCUCCGCCACUGCCCAGCUCUCCCAGACCUGCACAGCCUCCUCUGCCUCGUCUGACCAUUCCUCCCCCUUCCUAUCCACCUCCCUCUCCACCUACACACGCUACUGUCUCUUCCCAAGAACCAGAAGAAAGAGAUGGACAAAGGAGUACAACUCACACUGGCCAGUCUCCACGAGCUGGAACAAGCAGGGGUCUUUGAAGAAUACACACAAUAUAACUGCACUUUUUGUGGACUGCUUAACUUGCAUCAUGCUAAAUCUAAGUACAAACUGACAUUGAACUACAUGCUGGACUAUUUAAGGGAGUUUUUUUAUUUUUGCUUGAGUUAUUUAUUUUUCAGUUAUUUAUUUAUGUCAACAUGUAUCUUAAUGUGCAUGAAAUGCUCACCACCCUGUGUAGAGGCGUGGUAUUGUCAGUAGCUCAAGGGAAAUGUGUUAUGUUUUAGUAUCCUUCUAAUUGUAAAUGCCCAAAUGCGCCAUCUACUUUUCAUCAAUACCAUUCCCAUAAUGACCUUUUAUCUACAUGUAGCUCUUCAAUGCACUGUAUAUCAAAUCUCCAGAACAAUUGUGGGCUACUUCAAGGGGCUACUUAUGGCAGGAAGUAGGCUACAUUAUUUUUUCUGAUUAAUAUAUUGUAAAUAGCUUUGCAAUAAUAUAAUGCAUACAAGAUAAGCACAAAAGUGUUCUGAUUUUUUUAUGUUAAUUUGCUCUAUUUCCCAUGUGUUUAUUUAUUUUUUAUAUAGUCAUUUUGUACAGAUAUUUUGGGAAAUACAGUAGGUGUUGAAAAGGAGAUAAUUUGAUUUUGUCUUUCAUCGUGAACUGCUUUUCCAUUGUUGUGCACCUUGUCCUGCGUAAACUGUGUUGUUUGCAUCUUUAAAAUAAAAUUAAAUAAAGCAUCGUCUUUGCU